UAUCCACUCAAAAAUCCAACGGUCUUAAUCCUAUUCAACUUCAAUCUCAUGGAUCCUGAGCCCUCCGAUCACUCCCUCACCUUGUUAUCAUUGUUGUUACCAUUAUAUAUAGAUGACCAAAGCACUAGACCAAACCUAAGUCACACACAAAAAGAGUAAAGGCAAUAUGGCUUCCUCUAUGCUCUCUUCCGCUACAAUGGUCGCUUCUCCGGCUCAGGCCACAAUGGUCGCACCUUUCACCGGACUUAAGUCCUCCGCUGCUUUCCCUGUGACCCGUAAGGCCAACAACGACAUUACUUCCAUCGCAAGCAACGGCGGAAGAGUUAACUGCAUGCAGGUGUGGCCUCCUAUUGGUAAGAAGAAGUUUGAGACUCUCUCUUACCUUCCUGACCUAACCGAAGUUGAAUUGGCUAAGGAAGUUGACUACCUUCUCCGCAACAAGUGGAUUCCCUGUGUUGAAUUCGAGUUGGAGAACGCAUUUGUGCACCGUGAGCACGGAAGCACUCCCGGAUACUACGAUGGACGGUACUGGACAAUGUGGAAGCUUCCUUUGUUCGGAUGCACUGACUCAGCUCAAGUGUUGAAGGAAGUGCAAGAGUGCAAGAAGGAGUACCCCCAGGCCUUCAUUAGGAUCAUCGGAUUCGACAACACCCGUCAAGUCCAGUGCAUCAGUUUCAUCGCCUACAAGCCAGCAAGCUUCACCGAUGCUUAAUUUCACUGCUUCUUUGCUUUGUGUAAACAUCAAAAAAAAAAAACUUUAUCUCCCUCCUCACCUUUGAUUUUAUCAUCUGCUUUUUUUUUUUUGGUUUCCUUAGUUUUGUUUUAAUUUCCGGAUUUAACGUUUGUUUUCCGGUUUGCGAGACAUUUUCUAUCGGAUUCUCAAAUGUCUGAUGAAAUAAAUAUGUAAUGUUCUAUAAAUCUUUGAUUUUGAA